GUUUUAAGUGUAUAUGUAUUCAUGUCCUGAAAGUAGGGCAAGGAAUGCACAUGAAUACAUUAGUCAAGUACCGACGUCAUCCCUCGGACAUUCCAUUACCCCCAUUCAUCUCCAACUCUUUCUCCACUCUCUACUGCAAUUCAACCAUCCCCAUCGACUCAAUUCCAUCUCAACAGCAGAAAACCCAACUCUCUAACUGAGAAAGCAAGAAGACACCAACAAUGCCUCCCCUGCGCACAUCCUCCCUCCGUUUCCUCCGCCCUUCGCGGACCAUCGCCCCAACUCCCAUCCGCAACCUCCGACCACUAUCAACAUGGCUUCCAAAACACCUUUCACCAGUCAUGAUCACUACAACCAAGCCUCCCUCGCUUUCCCGUCCCCAAUUCCCAACACAAACAAGACGGCGGUCAACUCAAACCUCCAGCGGCAAAAGCCAAGCUGACUUGAUGGUCGAAGAACUCCAAGAGCUCUACGAAACUGCUAAAGACGAAUUCGAAAUCGCAACCGACAGCACAAACGGCACGACCAUCUACGCGGCCUCGGACCGGGAGUCGGCGCGCGACGCAUUGAAUCAGCUGAGCGCGGUGUUUGCGCUCUAUACGACCGAGAUGCCCUCGUAUGACGAGUCGCAGCAGACACAGCAGACGCAGCCGGAUGAUUCCGGUAGUCAGAUUGUAUCAACGUAUUUUGAUCCUGCGGAUAUCAAGCCUGAGGUCCGCGCGGAGGUCAAGAGGAGGGUUGGGCAGCGGCUAAGGGAGUUGGAGAAUGCGGUGGAGGCAUUGGAGGAAAGGGCUAAGGAUGAUUAAUUGCUAAUUUAGUUGGUGGGUUUAAUUGGGGAGGUAAUAGAUGGUAGAUUGUUGCCAUUGGUCGACGGCGACAACGUGAUAUUGCAUUGUUGCCAUUAUUCCGUGAGAUGCUUUUCCUCUGCUGAUAUAGCAAAUGCAUACUAUACAUGGCUUGUAACAUAGGCGAAUCGUCAUCUGACAGCUCGUUAAUCAUCAUAUAUCCAACCUAGGUAUCUCAUUUUCCGUUCUGCGAAUAGUCCUGAAUGUAAUGUAAAUCCGACCACUAGAUAUAUAUUCCAACUCCGGUCGCGCCAUUCUCCGUGACUGUAGGUUGUAAAAUAGGUAUAAUAGGGCCCGAGAACUCCAAACUCUAAACGAUGGGGAAAGAGAGUGUAAACUGGUCCGAAACGGGCGACAUCAUGGUCGAACUGUCGUGUUUGUGGGUCGAUUUCAUGUGUCGCUUGAGUUGGUCAGGUCGAGUAAAGCUCUUGGUGCAUCCUGGGUAAAUACAUUUGUGUUUCCGUUCACCAUGUGCUGUAUCUGUUAGUAUCACAGCGGGCAACAAAUGGACUGUAACCUACUUAAGCGGUGGCUAGACAUGUUU